AUUCAAUUAAAAUUUUAAAAAAUGGGGACUCCAGACGGUGCAAAUCGUGAAAUAUUUUUUUAAAUUCAGAUUAAAAUAAUUAUUAAUUUAUCUUUUUUCCACUUUCAUAAGAAAUGAUGAUAAUAAUAAUUUUAAUUACUUUAAAAUGUUCUGUCGUAAAUUUAUCAAAUAUUGUACUUGCCCAAAACAAACCUUGUUCAACCUCUGUCGAUUUCCGGAGUUGAUAUAAGACCUUCAUUGAAAUUUUAGCCACAUUUAAUUUAAGGCAUACACGAAUUACAAGAUUGGGCUAAGAUGAUGGCAAUAUUCACAGACCUUAGACCACUCAUUGCACCACACUAUAUUACAAAUAUUAUUUUAGCCACUUUAUAUUUCAUUUUAAAAAAUACACCGAAUGUCUGUAGCUUGCUUUUCAGUUCCUGCACUCUGGAUAUGGUGAGUAAAUUUUUAAAAAAUCAUUUUUAUUUUAGUUUUUAGCGUACUAAGCUCAAUGCAAUGUAAAAUAAUGGAAGAGCAGUUUUAAUUGAUAUUUUUCUAGUUAACUUUUCAAAAUAAUUAAGUAACUUAAACUUAUUUCAUUAUUAAAAUGAUUUGGUAAUCUACCACUUAACUUACUUAAGUAGGCACUUGGCGGCGGCAGUUAUGAAAAAUCCGUUUAUUUUUAUUGAUUCAAAUAUGAUGCUGGUCUGUGUCAACACACGAAAUGGUGAAAACAUGUGGAUGCACGCAAACUGGAAAGACAGCUUUUAGCACAAGCCGCGAUUCUUUCCUUUCCUAUUUGCAUGAUCAUGAUUUCAUGAUCCGCAACCAGUCCAUUUGCAUGAAGACAUGAAGAUGAUAAUGAUAUUUUUAUAAACUCCAUUAUUACCUUGGGGGAGAACAAUGCAUAAUCUCAAACUCUUUCGUCUUUUCAAACAUUAAAUUAUGGCCGGCACUACGUACACCGCGGCGGUGUACCUAGUGAAACUAAUGACUUUUGCCUGCGUACACCGCGGCGGUGUACCUAGCUAAAUCAUGGUCUGUGGCCUGCGUACACCGCAGCGAUUUAAAGUAGCAAAACUAUGGUCUUUGCGAGUCUUUAACUUUUUGGCCUAACCGGUACUUGUAGAUUUAAUGUUAUACUCGUGUUAAAACUGAAAACUAUUUAAAAUUCGUUUAUUACCUUGGGAAGAUAUUGAGUAAGUUCCACGCUUAUGUGGCAAAGUGCAUGUAAAGCAUUUCUUAUUAUUUUUGGAAGGGAGGGGGCUGAGGGUGUAAUGUUAAACCAUGUUUUAUUUUUAAAUUUAACCACUUUAUUCCCCCCUCCCCCAAUAUAUUGAAAUACAAAUAUAUUUAUUAAUUGUAAGUUUUAUCAUAUGAUUGUGAAUCUUAAUUUGAAAUUAUUCUCUCAUGCCCCCCCCCCCCAACCCAGUUGUUUUUUUUUGGGGGGGGGCAUUAUAAAUAUAACAUUAAAUGUGAUCCCUCGGGGCGUGGUGUAAAAAUGAAUGGGAAGACUGUGAAUCUAUUUUGUUAAAUUUAACCACUUUAUUCCCCCCUCCCCCAAUAUAUUGAAAUACAAAAAUAUUUAUUAAUUGUAAGUUUUAUCAUAUGAUUGUGAAUCUUAAUUUGAAAUUAUUCUCUCAUGCCCCCCCCCCCAACCCAGUUGUUUUUUUUUGGGGGGGGGCAUUAUAAAUAUAACAUUGAAUGUGAUCCCUCGGGGCGUGGUGUAAAAAUGAAUGGGAAGACUGUGAAUCUAUUUUGUUAGCACCAAGAUAUAAUUACGCCACAAAUAGGUCUACACCACGGGAAGAGAAUCACAUGCUCAUACAUUGAUCAUGAAGUCGUGAAGUUGUCCGAGGCAUUGUCAUUGUGAUACCUAGCAUGUGUCAACACAAAACAACAGUAUGAUGAUUAAUACGAAACACUGCAGUGAUUUUUAAAAGUCUUUUAACAAUAAUUAAAUAUCAUUGAUUUAGUUUUACAUUGGCAUUACACAUUAGUAAAAAAUGCUGGCAGAGGGAGGGGGGAUGCAAAAGGUAAGUUGGAUGUGCGGACGUCCUUUGGGGACAACCCCUAUCCUGAGCCGUGAUUUGUGAAUGCCCCCUUUUUGGUUAAGUCUCUGCCCACAACUUAUCACCACCCCCCCUCCCCCAGCAAGGAUCGAUUUCCUAACAAAAAAACAACAACAAAAACAAAUACAAAAACUUUGACAUAGCCCAAAUCCUGUCCCAAGCCCAUUGUGCAAUGGUUUCUGUGAGAAAACGUUGUGUUUUACCCUGAGAAUAGCACAUGCCAUGCCAUUCUGGAAACAAAGUCCGUCAUGAAAAGGGUAAAUACAGACCUAUGGCUUUGCUUUACAGUUUGCUAGCGCUCCACAAGUUUCUAAAUUCGAGGUGUUUUCAAAAGAUUUGCUGUGAGACUGAGUGUUGUGAAUGAACCUCUGAUAUCGUGUGUACAUUUUGCCAAUGCAUAAGGCAUAGUGAAAGCAAGAUGGUUCAAGGUUGAAAUACGACCAUGUACAUUAAUAUUCAUAUGGUAUGAAUAUUAUUCAUACUGGUAUUUUCUUUGGGUGUUCGUAAAAGUAAAAUGUAAAUAUUCAACUACACGAAGAAUGUUAAAAUACAAUAGAAUAACAGUUACUUAGUAUUCAUAAUGUUUCUCUUAUACAUGUUACAUUGACAUACACUAUACAUGAUCAGCAUGUAUUACAUGCGCUUUCAGAAACUUUAAGUUUGUUUUCAAAUGUCUAAAGUCUUAUUAAUAAAUUUACCGGUAUUUUCAAAGUCAAAGGCCGGCACAACUUGUUGAAACACUUAUAUAUAUAUAUAUAUAAUUAUAUAAAGUGUAAUAUAAAUAAAUAUAUAAAGUGUAUUUAAUAUAAUAUUUAAACAUAUAUUUAAAUUGUUUAAAUUGCUACAAAAUAUUUUAAACUAAAAUGGGAGGAAAAAAAACUUGAUCCCCUACUGAGAUUUGAUCUCAAACCAUAUUAUCGCCAAGCGUCCACUCUGCUACUUGACCACACAAGAUUUUCUCUAACAAGCAUAUCUUAAAACCAGGCCAAUGGUACAUUUUUGCCGCGGUGUACCCAGGCCAAAGCCCACGCUUUCACUAGGUACACCGCAGCGGUGUACGCAUCCACUUCGUUAAAUUAUUUAAAUUUUCAUUUUUCAAAAUUGUUUAAAUUGUUUUAUUGUUUAUUUUUAAAUUUUGUCUUGGAUCAUUUAAAUAUGUGCUGAAAUGAAUGUAUACAAUUUCAUAAAAAACAUUUACAUCUAUUUGGAUUAAUAAAAUAAUUUUAUCUUAACAAUAAAACAAUAAAAGUUUAAAUUGCACUUUAAACCGGAACAAAAGGGUUUUUUUCAUAACCGACCCUUCAUCAUCAGUCAGAUUCAGUGGGCAUUUGGGCAUGGGCCCUUCAUCAUCAGUCACAUUCAUUGGGCAUUAGGGAACAUGCUCUUCAUCAGUCAGAUUCAAAGGGCAUGGGCCCUUCAUCGUUAUUCAGAUUCAGUGGGCAUUUGGACAUGGAACCUGCAUCAUCAGUCAGAUUCAGUGAGCAUUUGGGUAUGGGCCCUUUGGAAAGUGGCAAUUAUGCACUCUCUACAGCUGUUCUUUGUUAAUAUAUGAGGUGUUAAUGUCAUCUGGUGUUUUUGGUAGGUAUUUAAGAAAUUGUCUUGAAGUGCUGAGCAGUGGAAGAAGUGAUGUGUUACUGUCUCAUCUGGAUGUCUGCAGAGGGGGCACAUUGGUGUUUCAUGCGGUUACGGUUGGAGUUAUGUUGUAUGUGUCCUGUGCACAGGCAAAAGAUUAUGACCUCUUCUUGUCUUUGGAGGCAAUACAUUUAUUGGAUCUUUAUUGUCAGGACGGGGCAUGUGUGUGAAAACACAUAUUCCUGUUUAGCCCAUAGCCAAUCCGUAGACCCUUACAUUGCUUUAAACCUUGUUUUUAAAAUUAGUAGACCCUUUGGUUGUAUUAGUAAUUAAACAAAAUUAAAUUUCACAUUUGAAAGUAUGCUGUAAUAGGGUUAGGCUUUUUAUGGCCAAUGAAUAAAUGAAGAUUUAUUUCAAAGUAUGCUGUAAUAGGGUUAGGCUUUUUAUGGCCAAUGAGUUAAUGAAGACUUUACUUCAAAGAUUGCUGUAAUAGGGUUAGGCUUUUUAUGGCCAAUGAGUCUAUGAAGACUUUAAGAUUAAGGUGGGUAGCAAUAUAGGCCAACUGCAUAAGGAUUAACUGCUUUAAUUAUAUAUUUAUGAUCAGACUUAAAACCACACUGCAGACCUGCAAUCUUUUUCAAUCAUAACAAAACGUGAAUGUCAUGCACUUAAAAAAAUGUAGGUCAAAUUAACUUUGCAGUAAUGAGACUACAACUACACUUGCUUAUCAAGCCUGAGUCUGUAUUUUUUAAACUAUUAAAUGGUAUACCAUAUUUACUAGUGUAUAGGUCACACCAUUAGUGUGUCUUAUAUUUGCUGUUGACUUGCAGAGAAUUCACACUAUAAUUUGGGGAGUAACAUAAAUAAUACCAGACCUGUUUACCCUCAAACUCUUAAAAUCGUACAAUACCAUCACAAAAUCAUUCAAUACAUUAUCUUAAUAGUAAAAACAUAAAAAUGCAGUAAAUAUAAGUAUACACCUCUAAAUCGUACAUUGUACGCCAAAAUUGUAAGAGCAAACAGGUCUGUAAUUCUAACAUUUUUGCAGACUUGGCUUAAUUAAAUGGUUUGGCAUUUUUUUGUAUGGAUUCCAGGGCUGCUCUGUUUUGGAUGAAAAAUUGGUUAAUCGAUACAAUCCUAAAAUCACUUGAAAUUUAAAGUCUUUUCUUGUGAAUCAGAUAAUAAAUAAUUAACAUCGGCAUUGCAUAAUGAGCAGUUUCAUUGGACGCUUUAUGGAUUAUGGUUGGAAAAGGUUAUAGUGUAAAGUCAAAUUGCUUUGGAAGAUUCAUUUUCUCCCUUGGCCUCCCCUAUGGUCAAACCUACCGUACACACCUUGUCUACCAAUACACUACUAUCUAUUUCAGAUCCCUGUGAUGUCACAUGGAAGGUCUCACCCAUGAUUUUUUUAUAAACUUUCUGUUAAAAAAUGUGUAUUUGCGGAAAUGUAUUAGGUCUAAAGUAAUUUAAAUUUAUGUCAAUUUUCUUUAACAAUAUGAAUUCAAAUGUAUAAAUAUCUCCACAGAGAGAGUGGGAGUGGCUUACUUUUCUGGCCUGUGUCAUUGUUCUCAAAAACAGAAAGCAAGGUAAUUAAUUAUUUAUUAGGCCAAAACAUAGGCUUGCAAUCAAGUAUAUGUAGGCUUGCAAUCAAGUAUGUGUAGGCUUGCAAUCAAGUAUGUGUAGGUUUGCAAUCAAGUAUGUGUCGGCUUGCAAUCAAGUAUGUGUAGGCUUGAAAUCAAGUAGGUGUAUGCUUGCAAUCAAAUAUUUGUAGGCUUGCAAUCAAGUAUGUGUAGGCUUGCAAUCAAGUAUGUGUAGGCUUGCAAUCAAGUAUGUGUAGGCUUGCAAUCAAGUAUGUGUAGGUUUGCAAUCAAGUAUGUGUCGGCUUGCAAUCAAGUAUGUGUAGGCUUGAAAUCAAGUAGGUGUAUGCUUGCAAUCAAAUAUUUGUAGGCUUGCAAUCAAGUAUGUGUAGGCUUGCAAUCAAGUAUGUGUAGGCUUGCAAUCAAGGAUGUGUAGGCUUGCAGUCAAGUAUGUUUAGGCUUGCAGUCAAGUAUGUUUAGGCUUAUAGUCAAGUAUGUGUAGGCUUGCAAUCAAGUAUGUGUAGGCUUGCAAAGUAUGUGAAUGGUGUCGUGUUUGAAAGUUUAUUGAAUAUCAAUAUUUAUAGUUUAAACUUAUGUCUCCAUACUUAGUACUGUCCCAACUAUAUGUUGUACAAAGUACCUGCAUAGACCAAUCAUAAUUGAAUCAUAAAAUAAGUUAUUUAAAUUUUAUUUUUAUGAUUAAUUUGACUUAAUUAAAUUAAAGGUUAAUUGAUUACAUGCUGUUGACACAUUUUUUAAAUUGAUUAUCUUAAUGACAGAAAACAUAAAGAUUUCAUUUUAAACCAUUAUUGUCACAGAUAAUUGCUGUAGCAUAAUUUUUUGGAUCUAUUUCUGUUUGCUUCAUUGAUGUACUAAAGAAAGUUUGUUUGGAAAAUGCUUCACCCCCCCCCCCCUUAAAUAUGCAUAAAUAAAAAAAUUACAUAUCUUUGCUAACUCAAUGGGGGGAUUUGAUCUAUGUUUGACAGAUAACAUGGCCUCUAAUUUUCAUGUUCUUUUUUUUUUUUUUAAAUAUUAGUUUUUGUAAGGUAUUUCAAUAAAAAAUCAUAGUUACAUCCUAAGAAAAGGUUUGGCUCCAAAAGUAUUCUCUUGUUUUGUCUUCACCUAAUUAAUAAUAUUUUUUUUUCAACUUUUAAACUUAAAUUGUAUUUUGUUUGCCCUCAAGGAAUUUUUUUUUUUUUUAAUUUUAAGAGUUGUUUCCUUUAACAAUAAUGACACAAGCUCUAAGUCUUAAAGAAUUUUGUUUUUUGUUUCCAGCCAGUAUUGUGGAAUAUAUGUCGAACGCAUGUUUAUUUGCCAAAGCCCUGAGUGUCAUCUGCUUUUUCAACUACAGUCCAGCUUAUGGAAUCCUCUAUGUGCUGUUGUGCCUGGGUAAGAAGAACAAAUUAAGGCUACAUUGCUAGAGAAAAAAAUCAGGAAUCAUUAAACACUGAACUGUACAGCAUCAGUAAACUCAGGAUAGCCACAGCCUCUUACAUUUGAACAAGUUAAUGUAUGGAAAAUUUAAAAUUUUCUUGAGCUCAUAUGUUUUUUACCCUAGCUAUUUUUUUAAAUUUCAUCAAUAGCUCAUGUGAUGUUUUUACCCAAGCCUGUUUAUCAAGGGCCUGAAAGCAUUGUGUACUUCAGAGGACCAAAUUUGUGUGUAAGUUCCAAAAGUGUGGUAGGGAAUUUGUUUAAAAUAAGUUUAAAUGACAGAUUGUUAGUUUUCAGAAGUAUUUUUUUUUACUUUUAAUUAAAAUUGAAAUGAAAAAUAUUCAAACAUACAUCCAUUUGUGAAAAAUGAAAUCCUUUAUUUUAAGUAACUUUAAAUCAUCAACACUCCAUGCUUUUUUUUUUUUACAUUACAGGAUGAGAUAGCCAGAGACAAGCGAGUCACUUGGCUGAUAACCUUCUAUGUUGCUUGGUCACCAAAGUGUGUCAAUUUGGCACCUGUUUUUUCUGAAAUUUCCAAUGAGUAAGUUGCACUGAAGUCAUAAUCAUUUCCAAAGAGUAAGUUGUACUGAAGUCACAAUCUUUUCCAAUGAGCAAUUUAUACAUAAUUUAAAUUAUAUUUAAUCAUUCAAAGACUAUGUACAAAAAUAAAUAGCUCUUAUUUUUAACUUCCUUUUUUCAGGUACAAUUUAGAAAACCUGAAAUUUGGAAAGAUUGAUAUCUCUAGGUAUCCUAACAUUGCUGAAAAGUAAGUAUCUGAAAUUCUGAAAGAUUGAUAUUUCUAGGUGGGAUGAAAUCUCGCUGGUCCUUCAAAUUUCUUCGGAAUAUAUAAACACCAUCUUUUGAAAAGGCCCCACCCUUAAAAAUGUUUAGGAUGAAUUAUUCCCCUUUGUUGUUCCCAUGAACCGCUCACUAGAACGAAAAGCGAAAAGCCAUGUAUUGAACUACAGAGUGAAAACUACACCCCACCCUACCCCCUUUUUUUUCCAUACCAUGAGUGAAAUGUUAACCAGUGGAAAUCUUACCACACUUCUAAAUAUUAACCUCAUUGGUCUCUCUCAGAUUUGGAUUUACCCAAUGACUGUAAAUCCACAUUAAAUACCGGUACCCAGGUAAAGUUUAGAAUCAUUCUUUCAAGAUCUUCUAACAAAGUUAUCACACUCAUUACUUCGAGAGUGUGAAGCCUUUUAACCUACCUGGUUACUAUUUUGCCAUAUUGCCACGGCGCAAGAAAUCACUUCACCUUUGCAGCUGUAUUGAGGAAUAUUUGAGCUCCGCCCAGUACCCCUCUGGAAGAACAAGCUGUUAGCCUGCAUGAUAGGACCACAUGCUGAUAGGACUUAAAACCCACGACAGACACAUUGCUGGGAAGUACGUACUAGGGAAAAAGCUAUUCCGCAACUUACUGCUGGAAUUCCCCUUUUCGUUAUCGCCCUGAGAAGCCACGAAGGAGAGUUCUGAAGAAACCACUUCCAAUGUUGAAGUGACCUCCCAAAUUGAUUGAUCAAGCCAUGUCAUCAAAACUAAUUUAUGUGAUUAAGCUAAAUCUAAACGGUCUGAUCAUGAAGAAUUCUGUUACAAAUCAAUCCAAUAUUAUGUUGAGAAAGCUAAGUAAACAGUCUGAUCAUAUAGAAUUCUGUUACAAAGCAAUCCACUAUUAUGUUUAUAAAGUGAAGUCUAAAUGGUCUGAUCAUAUAGAAUUCUGUUAAAAAGCAAUCCACUAUUAUCACAGAAGGCCAAAUGCUGUAGUCUAGACAUAAAUGAUUUGUAAAUAAUUUUUUUCACAUUCUUAACCAUUUUAACUUAUAUGUAAAUAAAUAAAUUCUUUCAAUUUGUGAAAUUUUGUUAUGGAUUCUUAGAUAUUAAGAUAGAAAUGAAUAUUUUGAUAAUUAUGUCCCUUAGUGACCUACCCUUAAAAGUCAUUUCACCACACUAGGUAUCCUAAAAUUGCUGCUAACACACAUUCAUCUUGAUACAUUUAUUUCAUAGGCUUAUAUUCCUACAUGUAUUUCAUACCUUUAAGUUAGGCUCAUAUACCUACAUGUAUUUCAUUCCUUUAAGUUGGGCUCAUAUACCUACAUGUAUUUCAUACCUUUAAGUUAGGCUCAUAUACCUCCAUGUAUUUCAUACCUUUAAGUUGGGCUCAUAUUCCUACAUGUAUUUCAUUCCUUUAACUUUAAGUUGGGCUCAUAUACCUACAUGUAUUUCAUACCUUUAAGUUAGGCUCAUAUACCUACAUGUAUUUCAUACCUUUAAGUUAGGCUCAUAUUCCUACAUGUAUUUCAUACCUUUAAGUUAGGCUCAUAUUCCUACAUGUAUUUCAUUCCUUUAAGUUGGGCUCAUAUACCUACAUGUAUUUCAUACCUUUAAGUUAGGCUCAUAUACCUACAUGUAUUUCAUACCUUUAAGUUAGGCUCAUAUACCUACAUGUAUUUCAUACCUUUAAGUUAGGCUCAUAUUCCUACAUGUAUUUCAUACAUUACAUGUAUUUCAUACCUUUAAGUUAGGCUCAUAUUCCUACAUGUAUUUCAUACCUUUAAGUUAGGCUCAUAUACCUACAUGUAUUUCAUACCUUUAAGUUGGGCUCAUAUACCUCCAUGUAUUUCAUACCUUUAAGUUAGGCUCAUAUACCUACAUGUAUUUCAUACCUUUAAGUUAGGCUCAUAUACCUACAUGUAUUUCAUACCUUUAAGUUAGGCUCAUAUUUCAUACCUUUAAGUUAGGCUCAUAUACCUACAUGUAUUUCAUACCUUUAAGUUGGGCUCAUAUACCUACAUGUAUUUCAUACCUUUAAGUUGGGCUCAUAUACCUCCAUGUAAAGUUGGGCUCAUAUACCUCCAGGUAUCUAUAAUAAAUUUAAUAAUCCUCCAUCUUUCCAAUUUCCUCAGAUAUGAAAUCAACACAGGUGCAUUGUCACGCCAGUUGCCUACCAUUAUAUUAUUCCAGGAGGGCAAGGAGACGGAAAGACGGCCCAUUCCAACAAAGCAUGUGACCUUAAAGUUUGACUUUACCAAGGUAAAGUUUUUACUGCAUACAAUUAGAAGCUAAAAACAGAGAUCAAAAUUUGGUAAUGGACUUUUUGAGCACAUUUUAAAAUGUUUUCAUCAGGUAUUUUAGUUUCCACUUCAUUGUUCUGUCCUUGACAUUCCUACAAUCAACUUUUUAUUUCACUGACCUCUAUAAGUUAUAAGUGUAUUUUUCUCAUCUGCAGCCAAAUAUUAUCAAAGAAUUUAAACUGAAUGAAAUCUAUGCCCAGUGUAAAAAAAGCCUAGCCUCUCGUAAAAAGCCCAACACUACGGGCGAUGGAAGUGAAACAAAGAAAGACAAGUAGAGAAGUAGUUGUGUAUUGAGAAGAAUUUUGUUAUGAAGCAGUGCUGCAACAAGAACAAUAUAAUCUAUUGACCUGCAGUAGGGGAGAAGUUUGUAAGGAAGGAUCUGCUGAUGUAGAAAUGGCUCUUGUGUUUCCAAAUCUCAAGGAAUGAACAGAUCUAUUUUAAAACAAGUUUUGGGAGGAGUCAAAGGUCCGACCUAAUUGUUGUACAUAAAAUAUUGUUUUUAAGAUCUGAUCUCACCAAACUCUUAAAAAUGCAGCCAUUUUUAAAAUUGCACAAGUGGAUGGUGUGUAUUUUAAUGUUUAAAUUUUUCACUUGUUUUAAGCAGAACAUUGUAGGACAUUUCUCACAAAAUAUUUGAGAGGUUAUAAAAAACAAAUAUUUGAGAUACAUUUGAGAAAAUCAGAAGUUUUAUGUUACACUAUUACACAGACUUAGUCAAAGUUUACUAAUCCCAGGUCACAUUUUGUCAUUUAGUAGCCACUGCCAAACGUACAAUUUAAAUGGUUUCUUUGCUUCAUUCGAAAAGUGGCUGACAAAUGAUGUUCAUAUUUUAUCAUUUCAAUGCUUCAUUCGAAAAGUGGCUGACAAAUGGUGUUCAUAUUUUAUCAUUUCAAUGGUUCAUUCGAAAAGUGGCUGACAAAUGUUCAUAUUUUAUCAUUUCAAUGUCCCUUGUACACACAGAUGUCCACUGACAGACAAAAGGAAUGAUCAUUUCAAUGUACAUUGUACACACAGAUGACCACUGACAUACAAAUGGAAUGAUCCUUUCAAUGUCCAUUGUACACACAGAUGACCACUGACAGACAAAUGGAAUGAUCAUUUCAAUGUACAUUGCCUACUCAAUAACCGCUUGCCACCUUGCAUUUAUGUUCUAUCAAAUGAUUCAUUUAUGACCAAUAUGCAUUGAAUUGGAGAUUUCUGUUGUUUUAAAUGUUGAAGCUAUUUGGUGACAUUGAGCAAAAAUCAUUACUAGCUUUCUACAACUAUAUUUUAACUCACAAGAUGAAAUUACUGUGUUGGGCUGACCUGUAGGGCUGCAGUUGUCUACUGAAAUUAUAGAUAGAUAUACUUGGGGUAGAGGAAAACCUGAAGGACAACAUCUUUUGAUUCUUUAACAUCAGAGGUAUAUUUACCAAUUUACUUUUAUAAAAUUGUAGGAAAAUGAAUUUCUUUUCCAAACAUUUCAGUUAUUUAAAGCAAGUCGCUAAGAUCAUACAUGGUAUUUUCAAUACUUUUUUUUCAUUCUUCAGGCUUUCCUCUACCCUGAGUAUAUUUGUAAUUGCUUGAACCUGAAUGCAGUCCUCCCAGUAUAUCUCUUAUGAAAGUGCCAACCCAGUUUUACACCCUCCUACUUUCCUACAUCUGUCUGCCUGAUGUAUCACAUAUCAGGUCACCCAACAACAUACAUUUUAUAAAAUGACUGCUCAAGUUUAGUAUUAUUGUUUAGAGAGUAAGGUUAUUGUUUUGUGAAGAAUACCGGAUGUUUCUAUUCCUCAGUUGCAAGUGUUGUAAGUUUAGCAUGGCUUUCCACACCGUUGUUUCUAUUCCUCAGUUGCAAGUGUUGUAAGUUUAGCAUGGCUUUCCACACCGUUCACAAUACUUUGGUCAGAGUUUAUAGAACAGGAACACAUAGAAGGCAUUGAAAGUUCAUGGAGGAAUGACUCUUUGUAAAAUAGCACUAGUGCGAUGGUGGUGUUUUAAUGCUGGCAACAGUGAUUAUGGUGAUGUUAUGUGAACAAUAUUUCAUGAUGUAUCAAUGUUUCACAUGACAGGCACAUGCAUAAUAUACAUACUUAUAUGUGUGUGUUCUUUAGAAUCAAGUGUUUUAAGUAACCAUUGGUAAUGGCAUUGGCAGUUUUGUUAAUCAAGUGAAUCACCAUAAUCACUUGUCCAUGUUAUUGCCACGUCCCCAAUUUGUUGAAAUGAAGAAUGAAUUUCAACAAAAUGUUGCCUGAAUUAUUAAUUUUUAUUAUGCACUCAAGUACCCGGUAUAAAAAAAUAGUAAUUAUAAUAAAAAAGACAUUCCUAUGAUAAUUGGUCAAAAAAUAAUUGUCAGUACGGCAAAUGCCCAGAAUGUAUGCAUUAUAUAUAUAUUGGGUGAAUAACUGAAUUUGUGCAAACCUAUUUAAUUUGUACUUAUAUACUUCAAAGGUGUUAGUGAUAUUUAUAUUCAGAUUAAAAAAACCGUCAUAAUUGUCCUUUUGGCUUUUUAUAAUUGUUUGUAUUAUUUUAACUGAAAAUUUUAUUAAUCAUAUCAAAUAAUAAUAAUAUAUACUAUUGGUAUUUUAUAGAUAUAAAACACAUUAUUUUUUUUUCUAACAGCAAAAAUGUAUUUUAACAGGGCCUUAAGGUUAUGCAUGAUAUUUUCUCUGGCAGAUCAACCAGGAAUUAGAAAGCUGUUAAUUACAUUGUCAGCACCGGCUCUUUGCUUUACUGAUGGGACAUCAGCGAUUAGCUUAAUUUUCUGGUAAUUUAUAAUACAUUAAGUGAGGGAAUAGACAGAUCAGGGCAGCACUUGAAGACUUCAAUUCAAUCCUCUCUCCUUGAAAGUGUUAGUGGCAAUGACAAUACGUUGGAUCUCACUGGUGCCCUCAUAGAUUUCAGUAAUCCGUGCAUCCCUGUAAUGGCGCUCUGCAGGCAUAUCCGAAACAUAGCCCAUGCCCCCAAGUAUUUGUAUGGCCUGAAAAAAGAACAGGAACAUUAAAUAUCAGGAGCUGAGACUAGUGAAAGCACUCGUUAAAUAGAAGAUUCAUGUCAAUGAUUGUCAAGGACAAUUCCUCAUUCAAAUAUAUUUACCAAUGCUAGUGAAAAUAAAGACACUUGUUAUUAAAUUAACACUCUGAUACAGAUUAAAUAUUUGCAUAUUGUUGAUUAUCAAUAGAGUAUUGAUCUAAUGUGCUGAAUCCAAAGACGUGUCAGAGUAUUGAUCUAAUGUGUUGAAUUCAAAGACAUUAACACUCUAGCCUUACACUGUGAGCAUUAAAUGUUGCCGUUUCUGAAGCUGCCAGUUUGGCCAUUGCUGCCUCCUAAAAUAAGAUAGAGCAACAAAAAUCAAUUCUGUAUUUCAAAACAAGGAAACAGAAGUAUGUCUUACUUUAUAACAACAGUUGGUUUGAUGUAAUGCACUGUAACAUUCAUAAAUGACAACACUGUCAUGGUAAACUUUGGUAAAUAACUCACUCUGGUGUAAAAUACCCGGUACACCAUUUAUUUAUACUCAGACUGUGAAAUUUGUUAAAUUGAUUGAAAAGGAGCAGACAUUUUAUCAAUUAAUUAAAGUUUAUUUUCCAAAGACAAGUUUGGUAAGGCUGUGACUGUGAGAAUGGUCCUAGUUUUAAAGUGGCAUUCAUUAAGCAAUAAGACAAAUAUUGCUGAUGACUUGAUUACCUUUGUAAAGUUUCUCCCUGCAUCUUUUAACAUGGCAGCCUUCCAUGUAAGGAGACGUGCA